GACAGAGGGAGCAACGGAUCCCCCGCCUCUCCCAGGGGUUCCAGGUGCAAGUAAGGGGCUUCCUUCUCCAUGCAAGGGCCACCCAUGUAUUCAGAGCAGUCCAUUGCAGAUUAACUCUUAAGUUCCAAGGGCUCUACUCUCAGGCCACUAAUGUGCAUACCACACCAGCCUUUGGAAGGGAGGUGGGACAGGCAGGUGAAAGGAAUGGCCAGAGGUGUUUGAAAAUGGGCGGGGGCUCUUGGGAAGGGGUUUUUUUGUAUGCAACAACUGCAGCGGGGAUGCUGAUUGCCAAGGGAUGGAAAGGAGAUAAAAUUCCAUGAAAAGAAGUGUGGCAAGAAGCUGCAACUUCUCUGAUUUCUGCGCUCCUCAGGAAGCUGAACCUGCAAAUUUAGCUGAGACUGAACCUGCAGACCUGGCCAGGAUGGAAAGAGGAAGAUGGACGGUUGACCUGGUCAGGCUGUCUCCUGCGUCCCUCCCCACAACCUCUGAGCAUUCCCUCCCAGGACCCUCGGAGAAAUCUGGUGAGGAACAUGACAGCCAAAAUUCUGUGGAACCAUCUGUGAAUUCAUUGGGAAGAACAAAGAAACAGUUUAAAUGCAUGGGAUGUGGGGUGUGCUCUAAUCACAGUGGAAGACUGAGGAUACAUCAACAAACUCACACAGGCGAGAAACCAUUGGAACAUAUGGAGUGUGGGGGGAAAAUCAGUCAAAAUGGAGCACUUAGAAUACAUCAACAAACUCAUACAAGGGAGAAACCUUUUAAAUGUACUGAAUGUGGAAAGAGCUUCAGUCAAUAUCAACACCUUAGAAGACAUCAACGAACUCACACGGGGGAGAAACCAUUUAAAUGUAUUGAAUGUGGAAAGAGCUUCAGUGAAAGUGGAUCACUUAGAAUACACCAACGAACUCACACUGGGGAGAAACCAUUUAAAUGUAUUGAAUGUGGAAAGAGCUUCAGUCAAUAUGGACACCUUAGAAGACAUCAACGAACACACAUAGAGGAGAAACCAUUUAAAUGUAUUGAAUGUGGAAAAAGGUUCUGUGAAAGAGGAGCACUUAGAAAACAUCAACAAAUUCACACGGGGGAGAAACCAUUUAAAUGUAUUGAAUGUGGAAAAAGGUUCCGUGAAAGUGGAGCACUUACAAUACAUCAACGAACUCACACGGGGGAGAAACCAUUUAAAUGUAUUGAAUGUGGAAAGAGCUUCAGUCAAUAUGGACACCUUAGAAGACAUCAACGAACACACAUAGAGGAGAAACCAUUUAAAUGUAUUGAAUGUGGAAAAAGGUUCUGUGAAAGAGGAGCACUUAGAAAACAUCAACAAAUUCACACGGGGGAGAAACCAUUUAAAUGUAUUGAAUGUGGAAAAAGCUUCAGUGAAAGUGGAAAACUUAGAAGACAUCAACGAACUCAUACAGGAGAGAAACCAUUUAAAUGUAUUGAAUGUGGAAAGAGCUUCAAAUAG